GCUAUUUCAGUUGACCGGUUUAAUGACUCGGACUUAAUUUGCGCCCUCGGAGAGGGGAAAGUGGCCGGCGAGAAAUGCAAGCCGAAAAAUAUGCGAAACAACAAGGCAGACAACACCCAGCGGCAAAAACUCGGCCUGCAGAGAAGGAGACAGCGGCAGCGACGCGUCUGGGGGCUUACAGUGGGGGUCGAAAUCGUAGAAACUUUUCAGAAAGAAAGUGGGCCUGAUGCUCAACUUAAGAAAAGGCAACGAAAUGAAAAUUUCAAUAAAAAUAGUUUCAUGAGAUAUCCGUUUUGAUUGAGAUUAGUUUUGGGCCUAAAGUUAAGACCCAUCUGAAUAUAAAAAAAUUUCUUACAAGCAGUGAUAGUCCUUUUUUGUAGCACAUCUUUUUUAGUUACAUGUAUUUCUGUUCCAGCCGAAUAUAAAUGUUUCCUUGCCAUAAUCUUAAAGGUCAUUGUAUUUUAGGAA